AUGUCGAACAUUUUGACUACCCUCGGCCUCAGCGCUGCCCCUGGCCAGGCACCGCCGAACCACGCUUCGGCGCUUCUGUUGGGCAACUGGGCGCUUGCAUACGUACUGACGAGUACCCGUGCCCAGAAGUUCUUCUACGGGCUGGAUCACAAUGUGAUGCCUCGCGAUGACCUUUCCAAAUACGGCGAGGCCGCUGUACAGGCUGGCAAGCUGGACCGGCGAACUCUCAACAAGCUCAAGCGUCAGGAGGCGGCACAUGCCAACGCACAAGAAGGAUAUCCGUUUUUUGUGGCAGCGAUUCUUGUCUCCCUUUAUGCCGGACUGGACAAUGAGACUAUCAACACCAUAGGUGUCUGGUACACAGCGUCGCGGGUGAUAUACAGCCUGCUGUACUCGUACAUAGAGUCCACUCCAGUAAGCUACCUGCGCUCUGUGGCCUGGUGGUCUGGCAACAUCAGCUGUAUCACUGGGAUUAUACUUGCUAGCAAGAAGCUGUAG